AUGCAGCAUGACUUUCUUUUGUUGAAUCCUGUUUCACUCUCUGCUCUUGUGAUUCUACUGAUACCCUGUCUUAUGAUGUCGGGGUUUUCCCACUAUUCUUGUUUCAAUAUCUUUAUCUUACACAUACAACUUGUUUGGGUUGAACUUCGUACCACCUGGGCAUCGUGGCCAGAUUGGCAGAUUGGCCGGUUGUUACGUAGCGAGAGAUGGAUUGGUGGCUUGAUGCUCGAUUCAAGCAUGCCGGAAUGGAUAAUUCAAGCGUAG